CGUACCACUGUAAGCUAAAUAAUAUCUUCAACGUGUGUGUUAUCGCUCUACCAUCUUGAAGUAGUGUACAACUCUACGUUCUUGUUUUAUUAAAAAGUAGGUAAUUUGCACCUAAAGAUACUGCAAGAUUUCGACACAACGCAACGCUUUUCUAAAAAAUAAUACUAGAUGUAAAAACAUCUAUGAAAUCGUGUAAGAAUCAAUUUUUUAGAGCAUCAGAAUGUGGAAAAAGCCAAUAAUUGUAUGCGCGCUGGCAUGUGUUUUACUUCAUUCAGCAAAAACAGAUAAAUCGGCCCAGCCGUUUUCGAGGAGAAGCCAGACUUACGAACGGCGUUUCGUGUUUAAAGUUGUAGCUUCCUCUAAAGAGCUCGCUGAUUUGGAAAACUGGGCCGACCACUCCUGUUCUAAAGUCCCCCCUCCGAAAAUUAAUAAUGGGUAUGUUAUUGUGGAAAAGCGUUGGACUGGCAACAGAAGAUAUCUUGUGGCCAUUUACUCCUGCGAAGAAAAUUACGAAUUGAAACUUCACGGAAACUAUAUCAAUUUCUGUUAUAAAAAGAAGUGGACUGGGGACCAACCCGAAUGUAUUCUUAAGUCUUCUGAAGAUGUUAAUAAUAAAAAUGACAAUGAAGUUAAUUAUAUUCAAAAUAACAAUGAAGAUGAUUUUGAUCGAAAUGACAGUGAUGAUGAUUAUGAUCAAAGUGACGAUGAAGAUUAUUAUGAUCAAAAGGACUAUGAAGAUGAUUCUUAUCAAAAGGGCCCAACAGACGAGGUCAGAUAUUCCAAAAGCUGUGAGGAUGAUAAUGGAGGUUGCGCCCACAUAUGUAACGAGAUUAGCAACGAAUGCGAAUGCUAUGAUGGAUACACAAUUAAUCCCGACGAUUCAAGCCAAUGUGACGAUAUUGACGAAUGUGCGAAGUCGAAUGGCGGUUGCAUGCACACGUGCUUUAAUUACGAUGGCGAUUUCGCGUGCACCUGUAAUGAUGGUUAUAUAAUAGACGAGUCUGAUGGAACAACUUGUUUGGACAUCGAUGAAUGCGCCGAUAAAAAACUGUCUUGGCAAUGUGAAGGUGGCUGCGAGAACCUGAGUGGUUCCUUCCGCUGUUUGCCGUCAUUACGGGGCAGAAUACCGCCGAGCGAUCAAGAGGCCCAAGAUGGAAAAGUAUUAUGUAUGCCCGGCUUCAAAUUGUCGGUCGAUGGUAGUGAAUGCAAGGAUAUUAACGAAUGCGAAUUGACGGAUAAAGACCCCAAUUCCGGGCUAGUAACUCAUCGUUACUGCCAGCACAAGUGCGAAAACACGAUCGGAUCCUACAUUUGUCACUGUCCUGAGGGCUAUCAUUUGCUCAGGGAUAACCAGAGUUGUGCUUCUAAUGACCUGCCAGACCCACCAGCCACAAAAGUGUGUUUGUCUCCUGGUUUUGAACUUUCGGCAGAUGGAAGCGAGUGUCAGGACAUCAACGAGUGCGAACUGAUGAACCCAGAGGAUCCAAAUAGUCCGGGUGGCUACAAGUGUUCCUGUCCCAAAGGAUACCGCCUGGGUUCCGAUUUUAAAAGUUGCGAGGAUGUAGACGAGUGCCUAGAAAACAAUGGAGGUUGCCAGCAAGUCUGCCGCAAUCAGCCAGGUACCUACACUUGUGCCUGUGAAAGUGGCUACGAGUUGACCAACGACAAAAAGUCCUGCCAGCAUACAAAUUACACGUUUAAGAUUACCUCGGAGAUCGUAUUCCCUAGAAGGCCUUAUUAUAUUUCUGAUGAAAAAUCUUCAGGACCAAGCCGGGAAACUAACAACGAAGAAAGGCGAAUCGAAAAACCUGCUCCUCUUACAUCUCAAAAAUCAUCAUUUUGUCCAAAGUCAAAGAAUAUGUAUCUUAGAAAAGGGGAAACGCAAAGGUCGGUCACCUGGAAAAUGCCACGACUAAGUGGGUACGAGAUCACUGGAUCCCAUAUUCCUGGCCAAACAUUUAAUGUUGGAAAUCACACAAUCGUAUAUAAGGUCACCAACGCCAAAGGUCACACUGCUUCAUGUACUUUCUUCAUUAAUGUCUCCCGACCAAGCCGGGAAACUAACAACGAAGAAAGGCGAAUCGAAAAACCUGCUCCUCUUACAUCUCAAAAAUCAUCAUUUUGUCCAAAGUCAAAGAAUAUGUAUCUUAGAAAAGGGGAAACGCAAAGGUCGGUCACCUGGAAAAUGCCACGACUAAGUGGGUACGAGAUCACUGGAUCCCAUAUUCCUGGCCAAACAUUUAAUGUUGGAAAUCACACAAUCGUAUAUAAGGUCACCAACGCCAAAGGUCACACUGCUUCAUGUACUUUCUUCAUUAAUGUCUCCCGACCAAGCCGAGAAACUAACAACGAAGAAAGGCGAAUCGAAAAACCUGCUCCUCUUACAUCUCAAAAAUCAUCAUUUUGUCCAAAGUCAAAGAAUAUGUAUCUUAGAAAAGGGGAAACGCAAAGGUCGGUCACCUGGAAAAUGCCACGACUAAGUGGGUACGAGAUCACUGGAUCCCAUAUUCCUGGUCAAACAUUUAAUGUUGGAAAUCACACAAUCGUAUAUAAGGUCACCAACGCCAAGGGUCACACUGCUACAUGUACUUUCUUCAUUAAUGUCUCCCGACCAAAUCGGGAAACUAACAAUGUAGCAAGUCGAAUCGGAAAACCUGCUCCCCUUAGAUCUCAAAAUUCAGAAUUUUGUCCAAGGUCAAUGACUAUGCCUCUUGGAAAGGGUCAAACGCAGACGUCGGUGACCUGGGAAAAGCCAUUCUUAAGUGGUUACGAGUUCACCGGGUCCCAUAUUCCUGGUCAAACAUUUAGUGUUGGAAAUCACACAAUCGUAUAUAAGGGCAUCAACGCCAAGGGUCACACUGCUACAUGUACUUUCUUCAUUAAUGUCAAAAGACCAAAUCAGGAAACUAACAAUGUAGCAAGUCGAAUCGGAAAACCUGCUCCUCUUACAUCUCAAAAUUCAGAAUUUUGUCCAAGGUCAAUGACUAUGCCUCUUCUCGAGGGUCAAACGCAGACGUCAGUGACCUGGGAAAAGCCAUUCUUAAGUGGUUACGAGUUCACCGGGUCCCAUAUUCCUGGUCAAACAUUUGAUGUUGGAAAUCACACAAUCGUAUAUAAGGGCAUCAACGCCAAGGGUCACACUGCUAGAUGUACUUUCUUCAUUAAUGUCAAAAGACCAAGCCGGGAAACUAACAAUGUAGCAAGUCGAAUCGGAAAACCUGCUCCUCUUACAUCUCAAAAUUCAGAAUUUUGUCCAAGGUCAAUGACUAUGCCUCUUCUCGAGGGUCAAACGCAGACGUCAGUGACCUGGGAAAAGCCAUUCUUAAGUGGUUACGAGUUCACCGGGUCCCAUAUUCCUGGUCAAACAUUUGAUGUUGGAAAUCACACAAUCGUAUAUAAGGGCAUCAACGCCAAGGGUCACACUGCUAGAUGUACUUUCUUCAUUAAUGUCAAAACUGCAACUACACAAAACAGAAGAAUCAGGAAUAAUUGGAAAUUCUAAUCUAACUGUGCCAGUGGCGCACUUAGAAUUUAAAAUUUGGGAGGGA